AAUUAACCCGUAUGGUUAUCGGGUAUUACACAUGAAAUAUAUCGGGUAAAGCCCGUUUAGUUAUUUAGGUUUUCCGAUUCUUCUACGCCUUUCUUGCGUCUCUCAUACUGCCAGGUUCUUACCAGGUGAAUUCUUUGUGUUCUAAUGUUAUUAUAACAAACCAUUCACUUCCGUGGAAAGUAAAAGCAAGUCUGCUUGGUUGGUGUCAUCCCCUUUAAUCUUUGUCCUCCUAGUCAGUGCUCGUCCCCGAUAACAAUGGGAACACCAGAAACCUCUCGUGAACCUUGCCCUGACCGUAUACUUGAUGAUGUUGGCGGAGCAUUUGGUAUGGGUGCUGUUGGAGGUGCAGCUUUCCACUUCAUAAAAGGCACAUAUAACUCACCAAAAGGUGAGCGCUUGAUUGGUGGUACACAGGCAGUGCGCAUGAAUGCUCCUCGUAUUGGUGGUAGUUUUGCUGUGUGGGGUGGACUAUUCUCCACAUUUGAUUGUACAAUGGUUUAUCUAAGGCAGAAAGAAGAUCCUUGGAACUCGAUUAUUGCUGGUGCAGCAACUGGUGGAUUUCUACAAAUGCGACAGGGAUUAGGUGCUGCUUCUAGGUCAGCAAUGUUUGGUGGAGUUCUACUUGCAUUGAUAGAGGGUGCUGGAAUUAUGUUAAACAAAGUCAUGAGUGCUCCCCAGAAUUUCCCGCCCAUGGAAGAGCCACUACCAAAUGUCCCUGGAGUGCCCGGGUAUCCACCCGGGCAGCUUCCCGGUCAAGCUCCAGUAAGUAUGGAUGGUAUGAUGGCAGAAUCUUCAGCACAAUCCUCUUCUUCCUGGUUUGGAGGACUUUUUGGCAGUGGAAAGAAGGAGGAGCCAGCGACAAGCAGUGGUAGCAAGACACAGGUUUUAGAGAGCUUUGAUGCUCCUAGCCCACCUACCUUCGAAUAUAAAUGAGUUUAAGAGAUGAUUUAAUUUUCAGGGGGGAGCAUUUUGGUGGUCAGUACACUUGUCAAGCUUCUUGAUCCAUGCCAAUUUUGGGGCUAUUAUUUGGCUUAUUAUGGAUCUUAAUGACAUAGUGGGCUUUUUGGUUGAGGCAGUUAAAUCUACAGUACUUGAUUUGAAAGUAAUAUUGCAUCAUAGGUUUGUUAUUUUUAUUAGCUUUUGAUUAUUGGAUGAGUUGACAACUUCUGUUCAAUCCUAAAUAAUCAAACAAAUGGGAAAACUAUAUGGU